AUGGAGCUCACUAAGUUCCUCUCUUUCCUCGCGGUCGUCCUCCCCGUCGCCUACGGUGCUCCCACCGAGGCCGCGACCAGCCUCCACCCCAAGAUCCUCGCUGCCAUGAAGCGCGACUUCGGUCUGGACGCCAGAGAUGCCAACGCUCGUGUUGCCUUCGAGCAGCGCUCCACCGAUGUCAUUGAGUCCAUCAAGAACUCCGCUGGUGCCAAGUUCGCCGGUGCCUGGAUCUCCGAGGACGGCACCACCGUCAACGUUGCCGUCACCGACGAGGCCCUGACCUCCGAGAUCACCAAUGCUGGCGCCGUCCCCACUGUUGUUGCCAAUGACCUCACCAAGCUCGAGUCCGCCAAGGCCGCCCUCGACGGCAUUGACAUCGCCGAGCCCGCUGCCCGCCGCGACGCCAACUCUGCCGACUCCGGCAUUGCCUCCUACUACGUCGACGUUGCCGCCAACAAGCUCGUCCUUGAGGCUCUUGAGGGCAGCACCGCCCACGCCGAGGAGCUCGCUGCCAAGGUCGGCCUUGCCGCCGGCGAGUUCGAGGUCCGCACCGUCUCCACGAUGCCCUCUACCUUCGCCACCGUCUACGGUGGUGACGCCUACCUCAUCAACCGCUCUGCUCGUUGCUCCAUCGGUUUCUCCGUCACCACCGGUUUCGUCUCCGCUGGUCACUGCGGUAGCGUCGGUGCCACUGCUACCACCAGCUCCGGUGCCUCCCUCGGAACCUUCUCCGGCUCCGUCUUCCCCGGCUCCGCCGACAUGUCCUACAUCCGCACUGUCUCCGGCACCACCCUCACCGGCUACAUUGACGGCUACGGACGUGGCAACCUCCCCGUCUCCGGCAGCACUGCUGCUGCUGUUGGUGCCUCCAUCUGCCGCUCCGGCUCCACCACCGGUGUCUUCUGCGGCACUGUCGGCGCUCUUGGCGCUACCGUCAACUACGCCGAGGGCCGUGUCACUGGUCUCACCCGUACCAGUGUCUGCGCCGAGCCCGGUGACUCUGGCGGUUCUUUCUACUCUGGCGCCCAGGCCCAGGGUGUCACCUCUGGAGGCUCAGGCGACUGCUCUUCCGGCGGAACCACCUACUUCCAGCCGGUCAACGAGAUUCUCUCCACCUACGGCCUCACCCUCGUCAGGGCUUAA